CUCGCAAUUUACCCAAUUGUGGAAAGCAAAGCUCAAAAAAUCUUCAAAUCAAAGUAUAUAUUCAAAUAUUAAACGUAAUAAACAUAGACAAAAAUAAGGGGAAAAAUUCCCUAAACUUUUUAUGAAAGCUAUAUGACAAAGAUGCAGAAUCAGAGUCAAAAUAGAGCACAUAAACUAAACUUGGGAAUCUUACAAGCCCAUGAAGGUAAUUUGAUUCAAAUAGAUAAAGAUAGAAGGAAACGACUGCAGAGUGUCGACCAAGAGCUGCUGGAAGCAUAUAAGUUUUUAGAACAAGUGCAACAAAGUACUGGUAACGCAGUAAAAUAUGAAGAAGCAUAUGGAGAUGAAAUAAAAAAAGAAAAUAGAAAAUUCAGUUUAAUGGAACAAAAAUCAGAAACCCAUAAACCUAGUAAAUCUGCUCUGAUGAGAAUGGAGGUUGAUUUACGGAAAGCUUUGUCCGAAACAAAUUUUAAAGUGAAGAGCCGUUUAUUUUUGGAAAAAUGGAACAAUGUAUUCAAAAUGAAUCUUGGUCUUGAUUCUUGGGGAGAAGAAAGUGACACGGAUGAUACGAAAACAGCAGACUGGAUGCAAUUGCCCACUACAGUAUCUAAAGGAUUUAUCGCUAAUUCGUAUGAUAAAUUGAAAGCGGAAUAAACAAAAUUGUGCGGAAGAUCAUCAAAUUAUAAUUCAAUUGCAUUGAAGAAAUAAUCCACAAAUAUGAUCUCUUUCUGAACAACAAAGUCAAGGUUGUUAUUGUUCGAGACAGUUUCUCUAAGGAUAUAGAAAUUU